UCUCCGUGACAAGCUGACUGCCACCUUGACGCUCUAGUGUUCUGGGGACACCCGUGUGUGCGAGUGAGUGCGUGCGGUGGCGGAGUGUUUUCGGCGAGUUUUGUCGUCUCGCUGCUGCUGUCGCCCCCGGAGUGGAGAACUCAAAUCCGCUCGUGCGCCGCCGUUGAGCCGGUUCCACCGAGAGCACAGCUAUGGCAGGGGACGGAUCCGAGCGCGCUCUGCAGUAUGAGCAAACCCUGAUGUAUGGGCGCUACACACAGGACCUGGGUGUGUAUGCGCGGGAGGAGGCAGCCCGUCUACGAGAGGAGGCGGGACUAAGACGGAGUUUGAGUGACAGGCGCAAAUCUCUAGAGCUGCUGGAGUUUGACAAGGGUCGCUGCGCCAAAUGCAGGAGGUAUCCAUACGCCCUGGAGGCUCCGGCUCAGGAUGUGUUUUCUGUCUGUACAGUGCGCUGUCAGAAGUUCCUGAUCUCACGCGUGGGGGAGGACUGGAUCUUCCUCAUCCUGCUGGGCCUGGUCAUGGCUCUGGUCAGCUGGGCCGUGGACUUCUGCAUCGCCAUCUGCCUGCAAGCACAGAAGUGGAUGUUUGGUGGGCUGGAGAGUAACGUGUUCCUGCAGUACCUGGCCUGGGUCACCUACCCCGUAGUGCUGAUCAGCUUCUCAGCAGGGUUCACACACAUAGUGGCCCCACAGGCAGCAGGGUCGGGUAUCCCGGAGAUGAAGACCAUUCUGAGGGGCGUGGUGUUGAAGGAGUAUCUGACCCUCAAGACCUUUGUGGCCAAGGUCAUCGGCCUGACCUGUGCACUGGGCAGCGGCAUGCCUCUGGGGAAGGAGGGGCCGUUUGUACAUAUUGCAUCACUUUGUGCAGCUCUUCUCAGCAAGUUUAUGUCUCUCUUCGGAGGAAUCUAUGAGAAUGAGUCACGGAACAUUGAGAUGCUUGCUGCCGCCUGUGCAGUCGGAGUGGGGUGCUGUUUUGCUGCACCCAUUGGAGGUGUGCUGUUCAGCAUUGAGGUAACCUCCACCUUCUUCGCGGUGCGUAACUACUGGAGGGGAUUCUUCGCUGCCACAUUCAGUGCAUUCAUCUUCAGAGUCCUGGCAGUGUGGAAUAAAGAUGAAGAGACCAUCACUGCGUUGUUUAAAACUCGCUUCAGACUGGACUUCCCCUUUGACCUCCAGGAGCUGCCAGCCUUCGCUGUCAUUGGGAUUGCCAGUGGUUUUGGGGGAGCUCUGUUUGUGUACCUCAACAGGCUGAUUGUUCAGUUCAUGAGGAAACAGAAAACCAUCAACAAGUUCCUCAUGAAGAAGCGUCUGCUAUAUCCAGCUCUAGUCACCUUGCUCAUCUCUACCAUCACAUUCCCACCUGGUUUUGGUCAGUUCAUGGCUGGAAGGCUGACGCAGAAGGAGUCUCUGGUGACGCUGCUGGACAACCGCACCUGGGCCAAGCAGGGCAUCGCCGAGGAGUUCGACUACAUCGGCCACUCGCAGGCCUGGAAGCACCCGCAGGUCAACGUCUUCGUCACCCUCCUCAUCUUCAUCGUCAUGAAGUUCUUGAUGUCUGCUUUGGCUACAACCAUUCCAGUCCCGUGUGGAGCUUUUAUGCCCGUCUUUGUCAUUGGUGCAGCAUUUGGCAGGCUGGUUGGUGAGAGCAUGGCUGCCUGGUUCCCUGAUGGCAUUCACACAGACAGCACCACCUAUUCUAUAGUUCCAGGAGGCUACGCCGUCGUGGGUGCGGCAGCCCUGUCGGGUGCGGUCACACACACGGUGUCGACGGCAGUGAUCGUGUUUGAGCUGACGGGUCAGAUCUCCCACAUCCUGCCCAUCAUGAUCGCCGUGAUCCUGGCCAACGCCGUGGCCCAGAGCCUGCAGCCCUCCAUCUACGACUCCAUCAUCCGCAUCAAGAAGCUCCCCUACCUGCCCGAACUGGGCUGGGGACACCACGAGAAGUAUAAUAUCCGGGUGGAGGACAUCAUGGUGCGUGAUGUGCGCUACGUCACACUGAACUCCACCUACAGGGACCUGCACGACGUGCUGCUGACUGGACACCUCAAAACACUCGCCCUCGUAGAGUCUGCAGACUCCAUGAUCCUGCUGGGCUCCAUUGAGCGCGCUCAGUUGCAGGUGCUUCUGACGCAGCAGCUGGGUCGCCCCCGGCGACUGGAGUUCAUGCGCCAGCGCGCACAGGCCGACAAGAAGCGCCUGUCCGAGAUCAGCGAGGACGGGGGUCAAAAGGUCAACCAGGAGGUCCGCUUCCAGAUCUCCACUGAAGAGUCCUCCUACAGUCCCCCCCGCUCUGUGAGCCCCAAGCCUCUGAAGCCGGCACUGAAGAGAUCAUCUGUAGUGGAGCGGCCCACAGAGAUCCCCACCAGUCCUCAGGACUCUGGUAUCGCUCUGAAGAACCUCUUCUGUGCCUACCCUGAGACGGAGGGGCUGGAGAAUAAUAACGUGGAGAGCUCGGUGUGUGUGACGCCCGAGCUCAGACGGCCCAAGCGCGUCCGGAUUUCUGUUGUGCAAAUCUAA